AAAAAUAAUAACAUUAGAAUUCCGGGAAUGAUCCAACUUUGAUUUGGUUCUUAAUAAUUUUCUAUUUCCUUUGAAACAAAAAUGGCUGACGAACUUCAAGAAAAUUUAGCAACAUAUAAAUUACAGUUACAGCAGGUGGAGGCAUCACUGACAACAGACCCGGAUAAUGAGGAUCUCAAUAAGCUUAAAAAAGAUCUCCAGGAAGUCAUUGAUCUGACGGAGGAUUUAGUCGGAAACAAGCAGUUGACAGCUAUCGCAGUCGAUGCCAGUGCCUCAGGAAGUGGUCUUGGAUCUUUACAGGACAUUGCGCCCGCAGAGUGGAAGGUGGGAGACCCCUGUCUGGCUGUGUGGUCCAAAGAUGGACAGUUGUAUGAAGCAAAGAUUGAUGAAAUACUGGAGGAUGGGACUUGUGCCAUCACUUUUGACAGCUAUGGAAACACAGAUGUAACUGAGGUCAAAUUAUUACGGAAGAUUGAUCCAUCUCAACAGAAAAAAGAUGCAGAUAAGAAGCCCAAGUCCAAACGAGAUCAAAUAGCAGAACAGAAGGAAUACAGGAGAAAGAAGCAACAAAAGAAGGCUCAGCGCCUCAAGCAGAUGGAGGAAGAGAGGGAGACAGAGAAGAACAAAUGGCUGGACUUCAAUACAAAAACUUUCUCCAAAACAAACAAAGGCAAAGUUAAAAAGAGCAUCUUUGCCACCCCUGAUGCAGUCAACGGUAAAGUGGGGGUGGGGACAUGUGGACAGGGCGGUCGUCCCAUGACCUCCUUUCAGCAUGCAGAGAAGUGGAAGAAGUGAAAGUCUAUGCUGUACAGCAGCCAUUGUGUUUGUGACAUUGUUGCACAGUAGAUACAUGUUGAUGAUAAUGAAAGUUCUUUUAGGAGAGAAAGGGAGGUAAUUGUAAAUGAGGAAUGCAUUGUUUGGACUAAUUUAUGGUCAAGUGACUGUGUGCAACUGACUUCAUUAUAUAUGUUCACAAUAAGCAUUCUUAUGGAGAUUGGUGCAUUGUAAUAGGCACUUCAUUGUAUACAAUGUAUUCAAGUCAUGAACAGGAAUGUACAGUAAAUAUAAGCUGAACUGAUUGAUCUCUGUAUAAAAUUUUAUUUUGUGAAGAAUUAUCAUUUUCAUUAGCAACAAAAAGUUCGUUUUAGGUUAAGUAUGCAUUUUAUUUCCUAGCAAAUAAGUAAACAUUAAUCCCUGAGAAAGGAUGGAGUAACUUUUUUUUUUACUUAACCUUGCAAAUUUACAUCAUGUACUAAGAAUUCAUUUUUUUAUUUGUUUCCAUCAUUUUACAAAAUAAAAUCUUUUAUAACUUUA